AUGAAGUUCCCCACAAAGCACAAAUGGAGAUCUAGGCUAUUACAAUCAUUUUCAGAGCUGAAACAGAAGGUUGUAUGGGAACUCACAUGGGUUUUGGAUUUGAGGAAUUUGUACCUGCUUCGAAUUGGAGUAAAGAUCAAGAAUCGGAGGUACAAUUUCAAAGCUAUAAAUGAAUGGGUGGUUAGUAAAGCUGAGGGUACACUUCGAGAAGCUUUCGAGUUUGCAGGUGGUUUGUUCAAAAAUCAAGAAUGGCAAGCUCCUUGUGUGAAGUCACUUGAAAAGUGUGACAAAUGGCGAUUUGUCUCUAAUGAAUGA